AUGGCGAUUAAAACCAAGCUUUCCUUAACCAUCUUUCUCUUCCUCCUCUUAGCUUUACUAUGCUCAAACUUAGCCAUAGGCAAAAAAGAAAAGGACCCAGAGCUCACAACAUGCAAAGACCAAUGCGAUCACCAGCGCCAAUAUGAUGAAGAGGACAAACGGAUAUGCAAGGAAGAGUGUGAUGAUUAUAUUAAGAAGAAACAAGAGCGACAGAAACAUAAGGAACGUGAACAAGAAGAUGAAGAACAAGAAGAGGACGAAAACCCUUAUGUCUUUGAAGACAAUGAUUUUGAAACAAAAAUCGAAACAAACGAUGGUCGAGUUUUGGUUCUGAACAAGUUUAAUGAAAAAUCAAAGCUACUCAAAAACAUUGAGAAUUAUGGUUUGGCCGUUUUAGAAAUUAAAGCAAACGCUUUUCUUUCUCCACACCACUAUGACUCUGAGGCUAUACUCUUCAACAUCAAAGGGAGAGGCAUAAUUGGGUUGGUGGCGGAAGAUAGAACUGAGAGAUUCAACCUUGAAGAAGGAGACAUCAUGAGGGUCCCAGCAGGGGCACCAAUGUAUUUAGUUAACAGAGAUGAGAAUCAGAAGCUUCUUAUUGCAGCGUUUCACAUGCCACCUUCAUAUGGUUCUGCUCCAGUUAAACUUGAGCCAUUUUUUGGGUCUGCAGGGAGAAAACCAGAAUCAGUUCUCAAUACAUUCAGCUCCAAAGUGCUCCAAGCAGCAUUCAAGAGCUCGAAAGGUGAGUUGGAAACGGUUUUGGAUGAACAGAAGAAGGGAAGAAUUUUCAAAAUAGCAAAAGAAGAUGUGCUUGGCUUGGCUUCCAAGAAAACUCUUUGGCCUUUUGGUGGACAAUUUAAGGGUCCAUUCAAUCUUUUCAGCAACAAUCCAGCUUUCUCUAACCAGUUUGGUAGUCUCUUUGAAGUUGGUCCUUCCCUAGAGAAGACUGGACUUGAAGGACUCAAUCUCAUGCUUACCCUUGCAAACAUCACCAAGGGAUCUAUGUCUACUAUUUACUACAACACAAAUGCGAACAAGAUAGCAUUGGUAAUUGAUGGAGAAGGAGAACUUGAGAUGGCAUGUCCACACGUGCCAUCGAGUUCAUCAAACUCUAAACAAAAAAAGAGUAGCAUUUCAUACCAUAAUAUGAAUGCAAAGUUGAGGCCUGGAAUGGUAUUUGUUGUUCCAGCUGGUCAUCCUUUUGUAAACAUAGCUUCCAAGAAGAAUAACCUCAUCACAGUUUGUUUUGAGGUUAAUGCACACAGAAACAAGAAGAUUGCUUUAGCAGGGAAGAAGAACAUUGUGAUUGCAUUGGACAAGACAGCUAAGGAGGUUGCAUUUGACAUAGCUGCUGGGAAGGUGGAUGAGAUGUUUGAGAGAAAGGAGGAAUUAUUUUUCCCUUAUGAUGAGGAGAGGAAGGAGGAGCAUGGUCGUGCUGUUGCGUGA